GCUAAAGAGGAAUCCAGACAUUCUAAAGGAACAAAACAAGACCCAUCCUUCCAAUAAUACUUACUUCAUGACUAACUUUCCUGCCUUUCCUUAUAGUCCUUAUAUACCACAAUAGUUUGAAAGUUGUACCUCUCAAAACUAGAUUAUGUGCACUAUUUUAUUUCCCCAUGGAAUAAUGCCACUUUAUUCACAGGGUGUUAUCAAAGUUCUUCCAGCACAUCCUUGCCCUGGUGUUUGCGAUUGAUGAGAUCAAUGAGAAUCCCAGGGUCUUGCCCAAUGUCACUCUUGGGUUCCACAUUUAUGACAGCUACUGUAACUCUAAGAUGACCUACCGCACCACUCUGGAUCUGCUGUUUAACUCACAUAGCUUUGUCCCCAACUACAAAUGUGGCUCCCAGGAAAAUAUAAUAGGAGUCAUUGGGGGACUGAGCUCUGAGGUCACCUUGUGCAUGGCAGACAUCUUGGGUCUUUACAAAAUUCCACAGGUAGGAAUAUUCUGGGUAAGAAAAAAUUGAGAUUUCACACUAUAAUUCACUCUUCAGCUCUCUUUCCAGUAGGAGUCUAUUGAUUCAUAAAUUUGGAGUGGGAUAACAGGGACAAGUGAAAGGGACUUAAAUGUAUGGGUUUGUUGUUGUUAUAGCAUGGGGUCUCUAACAAUGUGCAUGAGAGGGGGUAGGUUACUAAGGAUGUGUGCUUAAUGCAUAUAAGGGAAGAUUGAUUCAAAGCUGCUAAGGUGGUAAAUGGGGCAACCAGAUGGAAUCAUAUAUGAUCCUGGGAAAAUAUUAUCAGUGGAUCAUAAAAGAUCGGGACAUGUUAACUAGAAAUGCUCUCCAUAUGAAAUGGGAAAUUGAGCAAAAUCAGUAAAUUUGGGACAUGUGGGAUAAAUAUGCUUGUUAUGAAUUCUUCCAUCCAUUUGGAAUGGUUCUCUUUUUUAUUCUUCAGAUUUCAUAUGGUUCAUUUGAAGCAUCCAUGAAUGAUCACAUUAAGUUCCCUUCCUUUUAUCACAUGGCUCCUAAUGAAGCUCUUCAGUAUCAAGGAAUUAUCCAGUUGCUUCUGCAUUUUGGAUGGAAAUGGGUUGGGCUCAUCACUCCAGCUAAUGAAGCUGGAGAACGUUUCUUGAAUACCAUUGAACCAAUGUUUUUCAAAAAUGGGAUCUGUUCAGCAUUCACAGAAAGAGUUGAACACCAUGUGCGUUUCAAAGAUAACAUACUUCAUAUGGUGGAUGAUACAAAGAUUUUGUCCCCAACUUUCAUCAGAAGCAAAGCAAAUGCAGUUGUUGUAUAUGGAGAAAGUGCAUCUAUUAUAUGGUUGUCAACUGCUCUAACUAUAAUGAAGUUAACUGAGUUCAUACUUUCCCAGUCCAAAAAGAACUUACCUGAAGGAAAAGUAUGGAUUACCACAGCUCAAAUUGAUUUCAUAGUAUACGUUCUUCAGAAACUUAUUGAUGUUAAUAUACAAAUGUUCCAUGGUGCUAUCUCCUUUGCAAUUCAUUCCAAGGAAAUUCAUGACUUCCGAUACUUUCUGCAGAAUGUAAAUCCUUCCUGGGAAGAGGUAAAUGGCUUUAUCACAGGUUUCUGGGAACAAGCGUUUGAUUGUUCAUUUGCAGACUCUGCUAAGUCAACAUACAAAGCUAAGCAUUGUACUGGAGAGGAAAUGCUGGAGAGCCUUCCUGCGUCAUUUUUUGAAAUGCGCAUGACCAGCCACAGCUACAGUAUCUAUAAUGCUGUCUCUGCUUUGGCACAUGCCUUACAUAGGCACAUGGGUGCAUCCAACCACAGAAGAAUGGAGGCUGCAGGCAGACGAUCUCCUCAGAAUAUAGAGCCUUGGAAGCUCCACUCAUUCCUACAGAAGAUCUCAUUCAACAACUCUGUUGGUGAUGAAAUUGCAUUAAAUGAACGUGGAGAAUUAGCAGCUGGUUUUGAUAUUACAAAUUUGAUCACUUUCCCAAAUAGAUCCUACAUCAGGGUCAAAGUGGGAAGGCUGGAUCCUCAGGCUCCUGCAGGCAAAGAGCUCACCAUUAACGAUGGGCAGAUUAAGUGGCACAGGGACUUGACUCAGGUGAGGAAAUAA